AUGACUGAGACGGUGUCGCCGUUCAGGCGGUCUCUCUUCUCUGCCAACCCAAACUCGAACUCCUCUCACCUGGGCAGUGGACUUGCGUGUAGCAUGGAGCUGGGGCUCUCUGAGUCCGCCCAUCAUAUGAAGGGUUCUUCAACCCCUCCACCAGGGCCGUUUGGCUGUACGUAUCCCUUUGAAGUAUACGAGGGAGAAGGAGAGGGCAGGCACAAGAGAAUAAAUAUAGAAGAGACAAGACUGACUGAGGCAGAUGCCCUGAUAUCACCGCAAGACACACCAUUUGAUUCUGCGCCAGAACGUCCGCUGGGCCCCGCCCUCCUGGACGAUAGUGAAUCCAACAUGCUGGACAACCUCUUCACCUCCCUAAAUGCUAGCCAGUUCGAUAACAACGACUUUUGGCUCUCCUUCGGUGAGCAGAAUGGUGCUGAGCCUGGCAGUAACUUCAGCUGGCCUGAAUUACCGCCAAAUUUUGAGGGCUCUGCUACGAAUCUACCCACACCACAGUCUCACCACCCUCACCCUGCCAAACAAUCAGGAACCAUGUCUACACCGGAUAGGUCGACCGCUCUGAGCUCAGAUGUCCUUGCUGCAGCACAAAUGCUCUACCAGAACGGACACGAUAACCUCUCUGCCCUACACAACCAACUCUACGCUGAGCAUGGCCUGCUGAAUCACAACAGCAAUGCCAACUAUCAUACCAACAGCAACAUACACUUCCAGCAACAGCAGCAGCAGCAACAUCAUCACAGCCAUCAGAUAGAUGCUAAGCGUGCGCAGCUGGGUCGGUAUAACGACGGGUCUGUGCCGCAAAAGGAGUUCGUUGUCAUUCCGAAGGGGAUACAUACCACUACCAUGAUUUUCGACCCUGCUGCACACCGCUCACCGGCAAAUGACCAUCAGCAACCAAGAAUGCGAGCCAGCGCCUCGAAGCUGGGCCCUAGUAUGCUACAAUGGGGAUCUGACUCUGGAUUUGCUCACCAAGGCUAUCGUCUGCCUCCAGGCCAACCCACAGUCGAGGAAACGACAGAAAACCUCCUCCAUAACCUAGAGUGUCUAGAAGCCCAGUCCAGCGCAGCCAACACUCGGCCAUCCAGUCCCGUUCGAAAACUUUGUGACAGAAAGGAGACUGCAUCGUCCCUGGCGGCAUCGCGGAAUCCAGUUCCACCAUCCUACGAAGACAGACCAAAGAAGAGACGGAAGAGCAACAACAAGAUAAAAGAAGAAGACCCAGAACUCGCCAGCGCCUUGUCAUCAUCCAAGUCACCAACUACCACUACUCCUACAUCAUCCACAACAAAUUACACUUCUUCGUCAUCCACCACAGCCACAUCGUUUGCUCGUCCAUCAUCUCGCAAGUCAAAAGGCUCUUCACCUGCCGGAAACGGCACCACCAUCAAACCUGUACGAGAAAAUCUGUCUGAAGAACAGAAACGUACAAACCACAUCCUCUCCGAGCAGAAACGCCGAAACCUGAUUAAACAAGGGUUUGACGACCUGUGCUCGCUGGUCCCCGAACUGAGGGGGGGAGGGUACAGCAAAAGCACUAUGCUGACGCAAGCAGGCGACUGGCUGGCAGACCUCCUGGCUGGCAACGAGCUUCUCAAGGCACAGUUGGCGGACCUCAAGGCGAGAGGAGGAUGA